UUACACUCCGAUUACAGUUUUGCUUUACCCAAUAAUAUAUAUAUAUAUAUAUAUAUAUAUAUGGCAGAUGCAGUGGUGAAUUUUCUGCUGGAGAACCUACUGCAGCUAGUCACUAACAAUGUCAAGCUAAUUUCAGGUGUUGAGAAAGAGUUUCAGAAUCUGCUAGAAGAAGUUCGCCGCCUAAAAGCUUUCCUAGAUGAUGCUGCAAAAUACCAUAGCGAUAGCAGUCUGUGGAAACAGUUGGUCAGAGACAUCAGAAUUACAGUGCAUAGAGCUGAGGAUGUCAUUGACAAAUUCCUUGUUCAGGCGAAGCUACAUCAAGAGAAGAAUAAAGUGAAAAGGUCUUUUGAUUUAUGCCAUGUUAGAAAAGUUUGGGAUCUGGCAAAGGAUAUUGAAGCAAUUCAUCAAAAUGUGAAGGAAUUUCGCCAAAAUAAUCAAAAGGCUUUUCAGCCCAAACCAAUGCUCGAUCUACCACAAAGAGUUACACGGGAGCCUCAGGAUACACUGUUGGAGUAUAAAGAAGUGGUUGGCUUUGAUUACGAAGCGGAAUAUGUGAUCAAACGACUUGUUAAAGGAUCAAAGGAUCUGGAAUUUGUCCCUAUUGUGGGUAUGGCUGGAAUUGGCAAAACAACAUUGGCAAGAAAAGUUUGUAGUCAUUCUCAGAUUUCAAAUAAUUUUUCCAAGAAAAUUUGGGUUUAUGUCGGCAGGUCAUACGAACUAAAGGGUAUCCUUUCUAAGAUUCUCCAAUCGUUGACGGAACGCAUUGAAGAAUUUCGCUAUAAAGAUGUGAACGAAUUAGCUGAAGUAAUAUGUGAUUUUAUGGCUAAAGAAGGUGGUAGAUACCUCUUUGUCCUGGACGAUGUGUGGGCUAAAGAACUUGUGGUUGUGGAUUUGGUCAAAAGAAUUCUCCAAGAAAACAACAGAGGUCAUCGGAUCAUGAUGACCACUCGCGACGAGUAUGUGGCUAGCUAUGCCAGUGAACAUCCUCAUCGUCUGAAAUAUCUAUCCGACGAAGAAAGUUUUCAAUUGCUGGAAAAGAGAGCUUUUGGUAAUGAAAGAUGUCCUGACGAGUUAGUAGAACUUGGAAAAAGUAUUGCAACAAAAUGUAGCGGAUUACCACUUGCAGUAGAGUUAAGUGCCGGAGCCUUAAGAUCUCGUCCGAACAAAAAUUAUUGGGAAAGAAUCGAGAAAAAUGUGGGGCUGUACCUUGUCAUAGAGAAUGACCCUGCAAGUUGCUGGGAAAUUGUGGAAACCAGUUACAACAUUUUGCCCCAAGAAAUGAAGGCGUGCUUCUUGUAUUGCUUCGCCUUUCUUCAAGGUUAUUCCAUCCCUGCGCAGAAAUUGAUUCGCUUGUGGAUCGCGGAGGGACUAAUAAAGUCCAGUCCGACGUGUACCUUCGAGGAGCUAGCAGAGAAUUACUUGGAGGAGUUUGCUCUGAGGGGUCUAGUCACAUUGUCGAGGGAUGGUGAUUCAAUAAAAGAAAUUGGAUUUCAUGACGUGUUGUAUGAGUUCUACAAGACAGAGGCAAUAAUGGAGAGUGUUUUCCAAGAACUACGUCUAACACCCGAUCAGAAUCUUCCCUCCAUACAAGAUCCAGAUACUUCUCGUCGCUUGUGUAUUGAAUCAUCUGUUCUGCGUGAUUUUCUCUCCAGAAAACAAUUAAAUGCACAACAUGUUAGAUCUUUCUUAUGCUUUUCGACAACAGAAAGACAAAUCGAGUUGUCUCUUCCUGAUGUUAAACUCAUCUCCCAAGCAUUUCCACUGAUCAGGGUCUUGGAAAUUCAAUCUGUUAAAAUUUUCCUCCCCAUGUAUCUUAACCAACUAUUUCAUUUGAGGUAUAUUGCUAUCUCAGGUGAUUUCGCGGAACUUCCUGCAUCCUUUGGUAAGUUCUGGAAUUUACAGUUUCUCAUAGUUAAUACAAGUACACCAGAGCCCACUCUUAAAAUAAAAGCAAAUAUAUGGAACUUGUCACGGUUGAGGCAUUUAAAGACCAACAUCCCCGCAGAAUUGUUGCCCCCUCCUAACCCAACGGUUGAAGGCUCUUGCCUACAAAUUCUGUCAAAAGUUGCACCAGAGAGUUGCAAUAAAGUUGUGCUUGCAAAGGCCGGAAAUCUCAAAAAGUUAAGUAUUCAAGGGCGACUGGGAGCUUUUCUUGAGACUAACAAGGACGGAUUCAGCACUUUUCAAGGGUUAGGGCGCCUAGAAAAAUUGAAACUGAUGAAUGAUAUUCCUUACAUGAGUGAAGCUCUUCACCUUCCUCCAGAAUUAUUCAGAUUUUUGCGCAAACUGAAGAAAUUAACUUUGUCAAAUACAAGGUUUAAAUGGAACGAGGCGGAUAGACUGGGCCAGCUGGAAUGCCUUGAGGUCUUGAAGUUGAAAGAAGAUGCAUUUACGGGGAAGUCCUGGAAACCAGAGAAAGGAGGUUUUAAACAACUCCAGGUCUUGUGGAUUCAAAAGGCUGACCUCGAAUGUUGGGAGGCUUCAAGAGAUCACUUCCCAAGACUUAAGAAACUUGUUCUUAAUUGUGCUAAGCUUGAGAAUGUGCCAGUUGAGUUAUCUCAUUUUCUCCAGUCGCGCUCCUGAAAGCAUCAAACUCUAGCUCAUUGUAUUCCCUCCUGAAACUGAUUUAAAAGGCAUUUCAUCCUCAAGUACCGUACUUUCAAGGCGCUCUGUGGCCUUAUUCUGGCUUUCCAGUAUCAUUCUAUCCAGCACCGCCCUAUUGGGAUGCACCGUAGCAAACCCUUGGAACAUACCGUGGCUUUCUUCUGAUCAAUCCUUCCAUAACACCAGUCCUAGUUCACCGACAUUAGGAAAACAUUCUCCGGAUACUUUGGGGGAGAGAGAAGGAGAGAGAUGUGUACUGGUUCCUAAGACAUUAAGGACUGAUGAUCCAAAUGAAGCGGCAAAAGCUCUAUAUUGUCAACAUUAGGUAUCAAGAAUGAGAAUGAGACUCAAUUUCGUGUUAACUCAUUCCAAGGAAGCAGAAGUAGUAUCACUGAUGUUGGUGCCGCAGCUAAUUGAUAUAAUUGUGUGUAGGAGGAGAAGCAAACGGUAUACAUAGAGUCUUGCUGAGGAAAGAACUGCUACUAGAUCCCUCAAGUUUGCAAGUCUUAAUUUAUCUUUUUUGGUAGCAGCAUAAGUUAGUUCUUCAAAAUAUAAGCAUUUAUAGUUUUGCAGAAUGUGUACUUUGUACAUAAACCUGUAGAGUUUUAAUAGAUAGAGAAAAUAAGAUGCAGCUGAAGAAUCUGCAAUGGUAAAUCUGGAAUAUUUUUUGCGUUGAGAUAUUAUAUAUGAAGUUUUUACUGACUUCUGAUAUUGAUAGUUUUAUUCUGAAUAUUUGCAUUAUUUUGUGAUAGGUUUAUCCUUGUCAUUAUGGACGUUCUAGUUCUUGUAAUGAUUCACUUAUCUUGAAGGAAAUGAACUAUUCAUGAACAUAUGACAAACUUCUAUAUUAUGAUGUUCCUGGAUCUGUUGCAUUUUGAGUUCCCGAUCAUGUGGACAGAGGUGGAGCUAGCCUAUAGCGUGUGGGUUCAGCAGAACCCAAUCACUUUUGCUUAAAUAUUGUAUUUAUACUAGGAAAUUUAUUAAAUAUGUAUAAAUAUUUAAUUGCAAACCCAGUAACUAAGAUGAACUGCAAGUUCUUUUGGAAAUUUAAAACCCAUAAGCUUCAAAUUCUGGCUUCACAUCUGCAUGUGGAGUGCUUUCUUUCUAAGUUGUGAAGCUGUUAGUACUA